AUGGAGGAGCGGGAUCGGGGGGCGAGGUCGGCUGGCGCCGGGAGCCCAGCGCGCCCGCCCAGCCCGCGGCUAGAUGUCAGCUCUGACAGCUUCGACCCGCUGCUGGCCCUGUACGCGCCUCGCCUGCCUCCCAUCCCGUACCCAAACGCCCCCUGCUUCAACAACUUGGCUGAAUACGAGAGCUUCCUGAAAACCGCCAUCACCGCCGCCUCCGGGACCCUGGGCAGGACCCGCCGCCGCCACAAUGCCCCUACCCCGGACCCCGAGCGCAUCCAGCGCCUCCGCCGCCUCAUGGUGACCAAAGAGGAAGAGGAUGGGGCCGCCGGCACGACCCGGCGGGGUCGUCGGAGCCAGAAGGCGCCGCGCAACGUGCUCACGCGAAUGCCCUUGCACGAGGGCAGUCCUCUGGGUGAACUCCAUCGUUGUAUCCGGGAGGGGGUGAAAGUGAAUGUUCACAUCCGCACUUUCAAGGGACUUCGGGGCGUCUGCACAGGCUUCCUUGUGGCAUUUGACAAAUUCUGGAAUAUGGCACUUACUGAUGUGGAUGAGACGUAUCGAAAACCUGUUCUGGGCAAGGCAUACGAACGGGAUUCUUCACUGACUCUUACUAGGCUCUUUGAUCGGCUCAAGCUUCAAGAUUCUUCCAAGAAGGAAGCAGAUUCUAAAUCUGCUGUUGAAGAUUCUACUCUGUCCAGAUACUCUCAGACAUCCACUUGGAAGGUGGCUUCCGUGUGGGGCAGAGGAGACACUGAUCGGGGAUCACGCAAAUGUUCCCGCUCCAUCCCCUCUUCCCUGCAGGCAUCUGGAAGGGAGGAGUCCAGGUCAGAGCUGUCAGGGAGGACAACACGGACAGAAGGGUCCAGUGCUGGAGGUACAUUUUCAAGGGCUACUACCCUUUCUAGGGGCCAGCCCCAUAAGAAAAAGCGAAAGCCCAAAGUGGAUUACCAGCAGGUGUUCACUCGACACAUAAAUCAGAUUUUCAUUCGAGGAGAGAAUGUCUUGCUUGUUCAUCUUGCACAGUGA